GAUUCCUAUUUGUAAAACUGCGAUAAAAUGUUUGGGUUAUGCUGUUGUUAACUGUGUCAAAGAAACAGAUGACUUUCCUGAAGAAAUAAUUUCGUCAAUAACUAAGGUGAGAGUCGCUUGUGAGGACUUGACCACUGACCACAGCCUCAGAUAAAGGUCGAAGUCGUUCAUAUACGUUGCAGAAGAAAAGACGUAAAUUUACUGGCAUUAAAAGAUGUUGAAAACAUCAAGAUUUUGAUGAAUGCAAGUUAGGGAAAAGCAACGACAUUUCCAACAAGAAAUUAUCAUUUCUAACAAGAAAUUAUCCACCAUUAGGGGUGUAGAAGGGGGUUGACCUAUUUUGCAGAUUGCAUAAUCAUAACCUGGAUAGUUCUUUGCAAAUGUAGUUCAUUUGUGGUAAUAAUGUUAACAUCUAUACUUCAUUACUAUGAUUUUGUCAUUUAUGGGUUCCAACAGGAAAUAGCUGCGCUAUAUUCCGAUCUUUUAUCUUAAAUUUAGACGAUGUAUGUGUCGUUUCAUUUUCAGGCUAUUCAACACUCGUCUCUAGAAAUCCGGGUGCUAGCUUGUGAUGCUAUCUAUUACAUUUCUCAAAACACACAAGAUAUAUCAACAUUAUUUCUUAAAAUGACGACAUCAGAACUACUUCCUCUAACUAAAGAAAAGAACACAUCUAUAAAAUUUGCAGCCGAGGUUUCUCUUGUAUCGUUGAUGAAAUCUGGAAAAGAUCAAAAUCGUUAUCAGGUGAGUGAUUCUCAAGAGAAGACCUGGAAACCUCGGAUCCUUUUUUCAAAUGUUCUUCCAAAGUUCGUAAAAGCAAUGUGAUUGUACAUUGCUCCAUUUUGUAUGCAACAACAAAGUAUAUUUGACUGUAUUUAUGUUACAUGUCUCUAAUGACAGACAAGAUAUGAUUCCUUAAGAUUUUCGCGAAAAUGUUCCUCGAUAUUCUUGCAAAUGUUCCUCAGGAUCCCGAGACUCAACUUUUUCCAGGUCUGAUAGGAGCAAGAAAAACUACAUUUCUCAAUAGACCUUCCCCCGUUUUGAGUGAAAUUUUGAUCUAGAUAAAUCUGGACAAAAAUUUCACCACAGCUUGAAAGAGCAUCACAAAAUUAGUAAUAUUCCAAAGUUUCGUUGCGAAAUAUUGUAAAAUGCGGAUAAUAUAGCACUGUGAAGUUUGCCGUUUUUCAGUCAUUUUGCAUUACAAAUGGAAAUUGAUAAUCAGAUGAUCAAACUGAUCAAACUUGUCCAGAUUUGUCUAGAUCAAAAUUUCACUCCAAAGGGGAAAGGUCUAUUCUGUAUGCCACCCAAGACUAACUAAAAAUUGAAUUGACUUGUACUAGAUAACACAUGAGCAGCCGAUCUUUAUCUGAUAUAUCUGAUGCGAAUGUUUUAUCGUGCUUAUAAAACGACCCAUCUUAUGAGUUCAUUGGCGAAGUAAUUUAAAAAAUAAACAUUGUCUAAACCGAGAAAAUCAAAGCUGAAGUUUAUGCAAAUCCGGACAAAUCUUUAUGCGAUUUACAAACAUUGAUUAAACAUUCAUUUCUUUUGUAUUUUCUUCAUGAAUUAUUAAUGAUUUUAUAACAUGAAAUAGAACGAGUUAACAAUUAAUUCACUCGCACGAUGGUACUUAGUGUAAGCCUCCUAUACAGGGUGUCUAGAAAAACGCAGUGGAAAUCAACAGGCUGUCGUGAUCAUAAAUGUGGCUAAACAAUUCAAUUUUUGCAUAGGAAUGCGAAAUUUUUGCAUGAGAAAUGGCCACAUACUCGUCAAAUAAAAAUUGUCGGUCGAAAUCACAUUCUUCCACCAUUGAGAAUUGCAUGGAAAACGAAACAUAGACAAUUCCCAAGAGGGAAUUAAAGUUUAAUGUUAAAUUAUCUAAAAUAAGCUCAAUUAACCACUGAACAGAGAGCGUUCGUAAUUGCAGCAGGCUCGCAUUGCUUUUGGAUUGAUUAACUUUGCAUGAUUAAUGUAGUUCAAUUCCCAACGGUGGAAGAAUGUAAUUUCGACCGGCAAUUUUCAUUUGACGAGUAUGUGGCCAUUUCUCAUCGUUACGGUUUAACAAAGGUAUCAUAGAAAAGCUAAAGAAAAGCUAAAUAACUGUUCUUUCGUCCUAUAUAAAAUUGAAUUGUUUAGCUAAGUUUAUGAUGCACGACAGCCUGUUGAAUUUCCAUAGCGUUUUUUUUAGACACCCUGUAUUUUUAAUUAUUUAUAUUCUUGUUUCCUUCAGACGUGUUUAACGAGUCUUGAUACAUCAUCUGCAAGUGUUCUGAGUGAAUUUCACAAGAAAUCAAUUCCUAGAAUAUUAGAACGAAACGAAACUGUCGCUUGUGAACUAGAUAAUCCCUUUCCAACUGGUUUGUGACGUCACGGUAGCUUCAUAAAGGCAGAAUACCGAAGGUUGGAGGAGGCUUGACAGUGUGCUGCAAACCUCGACGACUUGUUUAUGUUGAAUGAGAAAUACAUUAUAAAUGUCCAAAGAUUGAGUCCUACCUCGGCUAAUUUAACAAAACUACCGAGAUACUUUUCAUUGCUUUUUAAAACCAAUAUCUUGCGAUUACUUUUAGCAAAAAAAUUAUUUUAAAUAACACACAUACGAAUGUACGAGAGUAAACAAUCGAUCUAGACUGCGAGUGGUCCCUCCUUUCCACAGGUUUAGCUUCCCAGGCGUGCGAGGGGAAAGAGGGACUGCCGACAACACAUCAAAAACGAAAUACGUCCACUUUUCGCUCUUGUCAAGUUGGCUCCGCCUUUGCAUAAAAAUUACUUGCAUCCAAUUAAAUAUAUCCAAUAGGAACCGUUAAUGUCAUGUUUACCGUAUUUACUCGUUUGAGCGCCGCGGCGCUCUUUAAAUUUUCAGAGCUUCAGAUGCGGCGCUCAUUCGGGGGCGGCGUUCUUUAAAAAAACUUUUUAUUUGUGAAUUAUAUCAAGAACUUUUAACAAUAAAAUAAACAAGUUUUAAAAGUUUUUUUGUCACUAAAUGUCCCCAUUUUGACGGCGAAAUGUUUUUAUACUGUUUAGUGCGGCGCUCAUUCGGGGGUGGCGCUCUUUUAAAAAAUUCGAUCUCAAAUGCGGCGCUUAUUCGGGGGCGGCGCUCAAUCGAGUAAAUACGGUAUUUAUAAAAUUAACAUUCAAUCUGGAAAUUAUUUAUAGCAGAAUUACUACAUCAGAUUUGAUUGGCAGGCACAUCGAUUUCGACCAAUGGGAAUUUUGCGUUGUGUGGGCAACGCGUAUUUCGUUUUUGGAUGUGUUGUCAGCAGACCCUCCUUUGUCCCGAGGGACUGCUCGCGGUCUACAAUCGAUCAGAGUAAAAUGGCUAUAUGGUUACUUGUCCUUAUGAAUUAUAUGAAUUAUGUGAAUUAUGAAACAUCCAGGUUAUAAACCAUUGUCUUCGGUAGUUACUUCAUCUGACCAUGAUCUAGGGGUGUAACGAUGACUGAGGAGGUCUAAAGAUGGUAAUAUAAGGAGGUCUAAGGAUGACUGAGGAGGUCUAAGGAUACCUAGGGGGGAUCUAAGGAGCAGGGACGUGGCGAAACAUCUGAAGUUGGGGGGGGGGGAGGUAACAGUUACGAUACCCCGGUUUACGGUUACGGGUGAUAUACACGUACCCGCACCCGCAAACAGGGGAACGACUUGUAACAUAAGAAAUCCAAGAUAUUCCGGCGUGAGUAAACCUAUGAGAGAAUGGCAACUUUCGCUGUUGAGGUUUGCCAUAGAUUGUUGAAAACUUUGACAAGCAUAAGUGCAUUAUUUAUUUGGGUAAGAUGUUGAAAAUUUUUACUAUUUAAACGGCCCACAAAUAGUGAACAGAAAACACCCGUACCCGUUUGUCUUUUACGUGUAGACCUUGGUUUACCGCGGGGAAACCAGUGGGGGAAACGGGUAGAAAUUACGGAAAAAAAUGCUGGCAUCAGCGAGAAUUGGUAAACAAAAUGGCGAUACUCGUACCCGUAAAACGGAACCGGGGUAUCUUAAAUUAACUUCUCUAAUAAGAUUUUUGUGGCAUGUCACCAUAGAGAUAUCUUAUAGUACACUAGAUAGCGCAUCUCUUUUAGUAAAAUUGAAGCCAAGAAUAUUCCAGCGAAAUGUAUUUGGAAUAGGUUUAACUUGAUGUUUAAGUUCCCUGCGUAAGAAAUAGAAAACAUACGAGUCUUCUCAUUUCAUGGGAAUAUCCUGAGUCUGUAAUAACGGCUUCAAUUUUUGAAUUGCAGACUAAUUAGAUGCACUAUCUAGUGUAUAUAAGAUAUCUAUGGAGUUGACUGGAUAUUAAAAGCUAGAUUUUGUGGCAUCUCACUCGAACGAAUAAUAUUUGAUAGGUAUUGUAGAUGGAAAUUGUCCACUGUCAUCGC